AUGUCUAGCAACCGUCCAUUCCUCGCCAACUUCCUGGCCGCCUUCCGCGCCCAGUCGACUUACAAAACCACCACCCAGCAAGUUGGCACAACUUCAACCAUCUCCUCCGCCCAAAUCUCCCAGAGCGCUCGCGCCAUCGCUACAAAAGCCGCCAACACUGCGCAAGGCUCCUCAGCACCAUCAUCCGCUUCCGCCACAGCUCACCACUCUCAUCAUAAUCACAACCACCAUAACCACCACACCCACACAUCCUCUCCCACCUCAGCAAGUACAGCACCAGCUGGCCCAGUCCAAGGACCAAACCCAGCUCCUUCACACCACUACCACCACGACCAAUCAUCCCUCGCCUCCACACCACCAUCAUCAACCUCAACACCCAUCCCAAUCAACCGUGGCACCGCAGACCGCCAGCGUCGUGGGAGUGACUCAUCCAGUGGUUCGGGCGGAUUCCGCGAUGCCAUCGGUCCUGAGAAGUGGUAUAUUGGUGGGAGAACGCCAGCUGGCGAAGAGCGCUUUUAUCGGCUCGGGAUGGUUACGAAGGGUGGGGGGCGGCUUGGCGGGAGCGGGCGGGUGGGGAGUAUUGAUCAGUUGAGUCUUUGA